GCUCCCCUUGCGUUCCUGCUCCAGCAUCAGCUGAGCGCGGCUGUCACGUGGUCGGGGUGUCGAAGGUCACGGCGCGGCUCACAAUGGAGCUGUCGGAGCCCGUGCAGAGCGGCUUGCAAGCCCUGGCCGAUCCUGGCUGCUUCUCCUCGGCCGCCUACGCCGCUCUCCUCCAGGCCGCUUUCCGGAGCUUGCUCAGGAGCCAGGCCGAGCAGGCCUUCUUAGAUCACCCAGAUCUGGAACAGAUUGAUCCAGCAGUAUUAAAAUAUUGCCAUGCUGCAGCUGCAACUUGUAUAGUGGAAGCUGGAAAGCAAAAAGCUGACAAAUCUGCCAUAAGCACCUAUUUAGAAGACUGUAAGUUUGACAGAGAAAGAAUUGAACAAUUUUGCACAGAAUACCAGAAAAAUAAAGAUAACUUGGAAAUCCUAUUGGGAAGUACAGGGAGAUGUCCACCACAUAUAACUGAUGUUUGUUGGCGCUUAGAAUACCAAAUAAAGACGAAUCAGCUUCAUAAAAACUAUCACCCUAUCUAUCUGAUGACCCUAAAUGUAGAGAACAAUGACUCAAGAUCUCACCAGGAUGUCAAUUUUAGUUGUUCUAUGGAGCAGCUACAGGAUUUAGUUGGAAAAUUAAAAGAUGCAGCUAAAAGCCUAGAGAGAACAACUCAGCAGUAAAUGCAGAGGUGCCAGUCUACUGGAUGGAAGAAGACAGAACAUGAGAUGAUUUUUCUUUGUUUGUUGGAUGAAACUAUGAUAACCUUUGGCCAGUACUUUGUAAACAAGAAGACAAGAUUUGUUCUCAGUCAAGACUAUUGUAUUUUAAUAACAUGUCUUACAGAGAUGUUUGUUAAUCAACUGUCUCUUUUCCUAUUUGCUUACUGUUCACUCUUUUGAGGAAAAAAACCCUUUCAUUUUUCCAUUUCUUAUUUCUAACCUCUAAUAAAGAGAGAGAAUUGA